AUGGAGACGCAGAAAACUGAAAACGCGCCAAAACCAGCCAUGGCUUCGUGUAGAAAGAAGGCAAAGGAUGAUGCUAAUUUCCUGGAAGACGUCAAGGAUCACAUUGAUGAAUUCAUCAAUGCCUCCAUGGAUGAUCACAAGAACUGUUUCAACAAAACCAUCAAGAAGAUGUUUGGGUUGUCAAAGGCUGUUGCAGAGAAGCAGCAAGCUGAGAGUAAAGGAGUAGAGAGUUAUUUGCCUCUUAAGACAACACUCUCGGACUAG